AAAAGGCGCAUCACGCCACACACAACCAUAUCCCGUGGGCCAUCUUGCGAGAAAUGGCUGCCUCCGGCGUUGACUCGGAGGCUUUGGCUACCCUGCUCCCCUCGCCAUUUCAUUGGCCGUUUCGUGGCCAUCCAUCACGAACUCGAUCGAUUCCCCUCUUCGAGCCCGUACCAAUUAUUAGCUAGUUUAACUCGUACGAUGAAUCACGCCGAAACACAAUAUAAAUGGUGGAGUCGGCUCGCUGUCAAACGCGCGGGAGCUCGCGCCACUUGUAAUUUUUCGCGUCUCCUCUCGUCCGGCACAGCACAGGAGCGCGGACUUGAAGACCUCAAGUAGCGAUUCGUCCGUGCGGCGCGGCGCAAGAAGGGAAGGGAAGGGGACUAGGGGAGGGCGAGAUGGCGGCGGCGGGGGCGUACUCGGCGAGCCUACCGGCGGUGCCGGACUGGCUGAACAAGGGGGACAACGCGUGGCAGCUGACGGCGUCGACGCUGGUGGGGAUCCAGUCGAUGCCCGGGCUGGUGGUGCUGUACGGCAGCAUCGUGAAGAAGAAGUGGGCGGUGAACUCGGCGUUCAUGGCGCUCUACGCCUACGCGUCGUCGCUGCUGGUGUGGGUGCUGGUCGGCUUCCGCAUGGCGUUCGGCGACCAGCUGCUGCCGUUCUGGGGCAAGGCCGGCGUGGCGCUGACCCAGAGCUACCUCGUCGGCCGCGCCACGCUGCCGGCCACCGCGCACGGCGCCAUCCCGCGCACCGAGCCCUUCUACCCGGAGGCCACGCUGGUGCUCUUCCAGUUCGAGUUCGCCGCCAUCACGCUCGUCCUCCUCGCCGGCUCCGUCCUCGGCCGCAUGAACAUCAAGGCCUGGAUGGCCUUCACCCCGCUCUGGCUCCUCCUCUCCUACACCGUCGGCGCCUUCAGCCUCUGGGGCGGCGGCUUCCUCUACCGCUGGGGCGUCAUCGACUACUCCGGCGGCUACGUCAUCCACCUCUCCUCCGGCAUCGCCGGCUUCACCGCCGCCUACUGGGUGGGGCCAAGGCUGAAGAGCGACCGUGAGCGGUUCUCACCGAACAACAUCCUGCUGAUGAUCGCGGGCGGCGGGCUGCUGUGGAUGGGGUGGGCCGGGUUCAACGGCGGCGCGCCGUACGCCGCCAACAUCGCGGCGUCGGUCGCCGUGCUCAACACCAACGUCUGCGCCGCCACCAGCCUCCUCAUGUGGACCUGCCUCGACGUCAUCUUCUUCCGCAAGCCGUCCGUCAUCGGCGCCGUGCAGGGCAUGAUGACCGGCCUCGUCUGCAUCACCCCCGGCGCAGGGCUGGUGCAGACCUGGGCGGCCGUGGUAAUGGGCAUCUUCGCCGGCAGCGUGCCGUGGUUCACCAUGAUGAUCCUGCACAAGAAGUCAGCGCUGCUGAUGAAGGUGGACGACACGCUCGCCGUGUUCCACACCCACGCCGUGGCGGGGCUCCUCGGCGGCAUCCUCACGGGCCUCCUGGCCACCCCGGAGCUCUUCUCCCUCGAGUCCACGGUGCCGGGACUCCGCGGCGCGUUCUACGGCGGCGGUAUCAAGCAGAUCGGCAAGCAGCUCGGCGGCGCCGCGUUCGUGAUCGCGUGGAACCUCGUGGUCACCACGGCCAUCCUCCUCGGCAUCGGCCUGUUCAUCCCGCUGCGGAUGCCCGACGAGCAGCUCAUGAUCGGCGACGACGCGGCGCACGGCGAGGAGGCCUACGCGCUGUGGGGCGACGGCGAGAAGUUCGACGCGACGCGGCACGACCUGUCGAGGGGCGGCGGAGGCGGCGACAGGGACGGCCCCGCCGGCGAGCGCCUCUCCGCCCUAGGCGCCAGGGGCGUCACCAUCCAGCUCUAGGCGCGCCACGCCACGCCACGCCGCGCCGCGCCGCGGCCUGGCCUCUAAUUACACGCGCGUUUGUACUGUUUUUGGACGUGUUAUUGUUUAGGAGUAGUGAAGUGAACCAACGAUUGACUGCAAGGUGAAGGGUGAGAACGCGAGAGACCAGACCACUAUAGUCUAUAGUACAUAUGGAUGCUGUAAUGAUGUUGAUCCGAGUUCGUUUUUCCAACACGAUAAAGGCCGACAUGCCUAUUAAAUUUUCCAA